AUGUACAGUAAUUACAAGAGCCCUGGAGAGACGCCUUUGAAGAUAACGUAUUCCACCACCGAGCCGGCCAAACCACCGAGCCGGCCACUUUUCCUUGGCACAACCAACACCACAUUCACACAGCAAUGCAUCAACAACGCAGCGAUUAUCUAUCUCAGCAAGAAGGCAGUAUUGAUCUCGCGCUUCAAGCCUUUACCUCUGGUCAAUUUAGGACCAUACGACGCGCUGCAGCAGCCUUCAACGUACGACAUCAGCGGCUCUCUGAUCGGCUCCACGGAAUCACGUUUCGACCUCAAUCACGACCAAACUGCCUAA